AUGUAUCUGCCGAUUCUUGCAGCGUCGACGUCCCUCCUUGUGGGCACAGCCUAUGGCUAUGGCUCCCCUGGGGCAUGCUCGGGUGCGUGCAACAUCCACGACCCAGCUUUGAUCAGGCGCGAGUCAGAUGGCACGUAUUUUCGCUUUUCGACAGGAAAUAAAAUCUCCUAUGCGUCUGCUUCCUCUAUCGAGGGCCCCUGGACAGCGAUCGGGUCUGUCUUGCCGGAUGGUUCGUCGAUCGAUCUCGACGGAAACAACGAUCUCUGGGCUCCGGAUGUCCAGCUCGUAGACGGCGUUUACUAUGCAUACUAUUCAGUCUCGACGUUUGGUUCCCAGAACUCCGCGAUCGGUGUCGCAAGCUCCGACACCAUGGACCUCAAUACAUGGACCGACCUUGGAUCAACGGGUGUCCGGUCUGACUCCUCAAAGGCGUACAAUGCCAUUGACGGCAAUCUCUUCAACGACGGCGGAAACUUGUUGAUGAACUUUGGGUCAUUCUGGGGUGGCCUCUACCAAGCACCCAUGAACUCCCCCUCGGCCGUUGCCUCCGCGUCCUACCAAAUUGCAUACGAGCCGGCCGGCGACCACGCUAUAGAAGCUGCAUACUUGUUUAAGAACGGCGAUUACUAUUACCUCUUCUUUUCUGUUGGUAAAUGCUGCGGGUAUGAUGCUUCGUUGCCAGCGGCUGGAGAAGAAUAUAAGAUCAAGGCAUGCCGCUCGUCGUCGGCGACAGGUGGUUUUGUCGAUGCAAAUGGAGUAUCCUGCACUGAGGGUGGUGGAACGAUUGUCCUGGAAAGUCACGAUAAUGUUUACGGACCAGGUGGACAGGGUAUUUUCGCCGACCCAAAUCUCGGGCCCGUUUUAUACUAUCAUUAUGUUGACACCAACAUUGGCUAUGCUGAUGGUCAGAAACUCUUCGGAUGGAACGCCAUCGAUUUCUCGAGUGGUUGGCCCGUCGUCUAG